AUCUAACUAUCAUGUGACAGAGCCAGCCAAUCAGAAGAAUGGGGAGGGACUCUCGAAAAAGUGACAGACUGGUUUUGUAUACCCGAACUUUAAGAGUACAUUCAUGACUUUUUUACGAUAUAAUAACACUUAAACGCGUCGGGACAUUUUUACAGAUACGCCGCGAAAAUAUAAGGCAAUUGGAUGUAAGUUUCAAGCUGUUUUGAUCGGCCAUCUGGUAAGUUAGCUUGCCAUGUUAGCUCGCGUAGAAUAUUAUCGACAACAUUCCUCGUCGGAUCAUUUAACGAGUUGAAAAAGAGAGAGAUCAGAUUGAGUUCGGGAGAUUAGAUAGAUUUCGGGUCACGUUCAACAUGUCGAUACAGUUUGAGGAGCCGGCGUUGAGCGGGGGCUACGAUAUCGUGGGGUCGUUUCCCAAAAGUUUUGGUUACGGGUUGGAGGAGGCAGACAUGGAGGAGAACACCGUGUCAGCUGACAAGCCGAGGAUUCUGCUGAUGGGACGGAGGCGAAGCGGAAAGUCAUCCAUUCAGAAGGUGGUUUUCCACAAAAUGUCCCCCAACGAGACUCUCUUCCUGGAGAGCACUAACAAAAUCUACAAGGACGACAUCUCCAGCAGCUCCUUUGUCAACUUCCAAAUCUGGGACUUCCCCGGCCAAGUGGAUUUUUGCGACCCGACGUUCGACAGCGAGAUGAUCUUCAAUGGAACCGGCGCGUUGAUCUUCGUCAUUGACGCCCAGGACGAUUACAUGGAAGCUCUGGAAAAGCUGCAAGUGACCGUGUCAAGAGCUUACAAAGUCAAUCCCGAUAUCAACUUUGAGGUGUUUAUCCAUAAAGUGGACGGGCUGUCUGACGACCACAAAAUUGAAACGCAACGAGACAUUCAUCAGAGGGCUAACGAUGAUUUAGCGGAUGCUAGCUUGGAGAAAGUUCACCUAAGCUUCUACUUGACCAGCAUCUACGACCACUCAAUUUUUGAGGCGUUCAGCAAAGUCGUCCAGAAGCUCAUCCCUCAGUUGCCCACCUUGGAGAACCUCCUGAACAUAUUCAUCUCGCACUCUGGAAUCGAGAAGGCCUUCCUGUUUGACGUGGUCAGCAAGAUUUACAUCGCCACAGACAGCUCGCCGGUUGACAUGCAGUCCUAUGAACUGUGUUGCGACAUGAUCGACGUGGUCAUCGACGUUUCCUGCAUUUACGGGUUGCUAGACGACGGUAGCGGCUGCGCCUAUGACAAGGAGUCUUUGGCUAUCAUCAAGCUCAAUAAUACUACGGUGCUGUAUCUGAAAGAGGUCACCAAGUUCCUGGCGCUUGUUUGCAUCCUCAGAGAGGAGAGUUUUGAGAGGAAAGGUCUUAUCGAGUACAAUUUCCACUGCUUCCGAAAAGCCAUCUACGAGGUUUUCGAAGUGGCCGCCUCCAACCAAAGUGUGGCACCAAAGAGGUCAAACUUAUCAAGUGGCGGCCUGAAAUACGCCGCGCUCAACGGAAACAGCGUCUAAACAUUAUACUGUGAGAGCUCUAGUCGACUCGUUUACCUCAGAGAGGCGACAUUCCCGUGUAUUUAGUUUGCCAUAUUUUGCAUAAUCCUGGUUAUGAAGAUGUACCCACUCAGCCAGUUUGCUAUUUGCGUUUCCCGUCACUCUUUGCUCGUCUUUCUUUCAAAUAUUGAACCUUAAUAGGCUUCGCGCACCCUUUGUGAAUAAUUCAGGGGCUUUGCUAUGAUGUUUUAUAAGGGCGAAAUAUAAAUUCCAAAGGCCAUGAUGAUUUAUUUUUUACUGUACAUAUUUUCUUUUAAUAAAAUGUUUCUAUUUUGAUGA